AUGAAUUCUUCUAGCAGAAUAUUCCAGUCAGCCCUACGCCGGCAAACAGUUCAAGGACGAGCUUGGCACCAACCGAUUCGAAAUGCGAGCACCGCAUCUCCAACUGCUUCCAAGCCACCAUCGAGGUGGACGCGCCGUCUAGUUUAUGCGGGAAUCUUUGGAACACUUGGCUACAGCGUCGGUGGCUGGGUGGACAGCAAAAUCUCCAGUCCACCAUUCCUCCCCGGCUCACCGGAGGACAAGUACUUUUCUUUGGACCUGCAGCAGGCGUUUGAUGCGAUCCCACUCGUGCGAGAACUACGCAGUGACCCUGACUACGAGGAAAAGAGUGUAUACGACAACUUUGCGGAUGAGCACAAAUCUCAUCGGCUGACCUCUGGUCCCUUGGCGGGAAGCAGGGGCCUUGGAUUCCAGGUGAGUUCCAUGUCCUCUUUGUGUCCGGCGCAUGUCAUGGUCUUCUGGAACGACAAGGAAAAAAAGAACGUUAGCGUGGUGUUCUUGGGGCGCGGGAUGGAGGGCUGGCCAACUAUGGUCCAUGGUGGUGCUAUUGGAACUGUCAUCGACGAGAACCUGGGAAGAAUAGCUAUUCGGCACUUCCCAGAACGAACAGGGGUCACAGCAAAUCUCAACCUCAACUACCGCGCCCCAGUGACCUCGGACAAGUUCUAUACCCUGCAUACAUCCCUGGACCAGGAAGAGAGCACGGACCGCAAGGCCUACGCCAGAUGUGAGGUUCGCGACAUGACAGGGAAGAUCUGUGUCGAGGCAUCGGGUCUUUUCGUUGUCCCCAAAAAGCUCAAGCUCGCCAAAGUCGGGGAGCAUUUUUAA